UCUGCGUAUAGACUUUUAUAUCAAAAGAUAGGCCAUUGUCCCCACCAGGAGCGAGGUGCCCACUUUGAUUAAACCCCGGUUGUGGCAUUGGCGUUGCCAUGGCGUAGGCGGAUGUUGACGGUUGAGUUUAUCAAGUGGGAGAGGAAAAGGAGUGAAAGCUGGCUGGUUUUAUAGUGCGCAGUGCGCACCCUCCGUUAAAGUCGUUCCCCCCUGGGCAAACCAAAGCAGCAGCUGGCCUUUGUCCGUGAUCCCUGAGGCACCGACUUUUUGUUUUUUUUUUUAAGAAAAUGAGGCAUUUUCUUGCUGAAGAAUUAAGCACUUACUUUUGCCGCCAGAUCUUAGCUCGUUUCUAGGGUUUUCUCCAUUAAAUCCUACUCUUUUUUUCUUUUUUCAAAUGCACGGCCUAAGCCGCCUCGGGACCGGUAGUAACCGUUCGGUCUCCCCUUCCCCGCCUUCCUCGCCGCGGUUCCGCCAUGGCCGUUACAAGAACUUUAGUGGAGCUGGAGGAAGUGCGGGUGGUGGACGUGGCGGGAAGCAGAGCGCGGCGGAUAAGAUAGUGUUUGUGUUGAUAUCGGCGGUGUUUCGAAGAAAAGGCGUGCUUUUGUUUGCGCCGUUGGUGUACAUUUCGGGAAUGCUGUUGUUCAUGGGCACGUUAGGUUUCGAUGUUGUGAGUUUGAAAAAUGCGGUUGUUGUUGUCCACAGGCGUUCGCCACCAGGGUCGGUUUAUCGGAGUCCUCAAGUUUUUCAGAAGCUUUGGCCGUUUAUGGAGGCUGAGAGCAAUGCCAGUUACAAUGCGUUGAUGACAGCAUGGAAUCUGAAAAUGCAUCAAGGUUGGAAGCCAUGUGCCAGCUCUAUUAUCUCUAGAACAGGUUUUUCAGAGUUGCCAAAGUCUAACGGUUUCCUUAUAAUUGAAGCAAAUGGUGGCUUAAAUCAACAACGCUUAUCGAUAUGUGAUGCAGUGGCAGUGGCGUGGCUGCUAAAUGCAACUCUUCUCAUUCCAAUCUUUCAUUUAAACAGUGUUUGGCGAGAUUCUAGCAAGUUUGGAGAUAUAUUUGAUGAAGAAUUCUUCGUACAUGCUCUUAAAAAUCAUGUGAAUGUGGUCAGAGAGCUCCCAGAAGAUGUACUUCAGAGGUUUGACAAUAACAUCAGCAAUAUUGUUAAUUUGAGAGUAAAAGGUUGGUCAAGUCCAGCCCAUUAUCUUCAGAAGGUUCUUCCAAAACUAGAGGCAAUGGGGGCUGUUCGCAUUGCACCCUUUUCUAACAGGUUGGCAUAUUCAGUUUCUUCAAACGUACAAGGGCUUCGGUGCUUAUCCAAUUUUGAAGCACUAAGGUUUUCUGAACCUAUAAGGAUGCUUGCUGGUAAAAUGGUAGAGAGGAUGGUCAAGAAUAGCUCCCAUAGUGGAGGAAAAUAUGUUUCAGUGCAUCUUCGGUUUGAAAUGGACAUGGUUGCAUUUUCAUGCUGUGAAUAUGAUGGUGGGGAAGAAGAGAGACAUGAGAUGGAUAUUGCUCGAGAAAGAAGUUGGAGAGGAAAAUUUAGGCGAAGGGGCAGAGUUAUAAGGCCAGGUGUAAAUCGUAUGGAUGGAAAAUGCCCUUUAACUCCUUUGGAGGUGGGAAUGAUGCUUAGGGGCAUGGGUUUCGAUAAUAAUACAUCAGUAUUUGUCGCAGCAGGAAAUAUUUACAAAGCAGAAAAAUACAUGGCUCCACUUAAACAGAUGUUUCCGCGUUUAGAAACAAAAGAUACACUGGCCACUCCAGAGGAACUUGCUCCAUUCAAGGGCCACUUGUCGAGGUUAGCUGCACUUGACUACACGGUUUGCCUUCACAGUGAAGUAUUUGUCACGACACAAGGUGGAAACUUUCCCCACUUCUUAAUGGGUCACCGACGCUAUUUAUAUGGAGGACAUGCGAAAACAAUUAAGCCUGACAAGAGGAAAUUAGCACUGCUUUUUGAUAACCCUCAUAUCAGAUCCUAAGCCUAUCAGUUCUGCGUCUUGCGUGCAAAUGUAAUCAUGUUGAGCUCAGAUGAAUUCUGGCAUCCUUCUCUUCAGUACCACCAUCCUUCUUAGCUCGGCGGUCACUACUUGAUUCAAAUCUCUGUCUAUGAUCAUCACUUCCCUGGGAAAAUCAUCUCAUAGUGGCAUUAUCAAAUAUGAUAGAUUGAGAACAGGUCAUUUGAAAUGUGAGUGCAUCUUGGACUGCUGCCUUUAUUGGCACAUCCUACCCUGUCUUGAAUAACAUCUUCCCUUUAGCUUCUCAACUUACUUCCCCAUCUUGUUCUUGAUUGAACUGAAAAUAGCUUGCCUUGAGCAGCCAGUGAAUAUUGGAAGGCCAAGAUAUGUAUAAUUGUUCAUCAUGGUGGAUUAAUUUUGCCGAAUCUGUAUCUCUGUCCAUUCUUUCAUGUUUUCACUGCUAAAAUAUACUCAUGUUGAGUUGGCUGCCUGAAACCCCUCAUAGUUUAAAACUGAAAUAGCUGCCUCCAUCACCACUUGAAGCUUUAAUGGUAAAACUAACUAUUAUGGGACUUCAUGUUUAUUUUUUUCACCAACUUAGUAGAGCUUUGAAUUUAAUAAGCUAACUGUCCUCCUUGUUUUAAGUUCUAGAUUUUUGUCACAUCCCUCUUCCAUGUUAUGCUGGGUUCCUCAAGCUGAUUAGCUGUAAAUUGCUCUGCUUCUUGAAUGAUCAGCUUCACUAUCACAAGUUAUUAAUAGUUAUUAUUUUUGAUCCAGCACAAGUUCUUCAUAGUUGGUUGUGCAUUUUUGAGCAUGGCCUCUUGUCU